CGAUAUCCAAAACAAACGAAAAAAGUAGAAGAGCGGUGAAAAGCAGACAACAUAGUUUACAUUUUUUGCAACAAGUUUUCCAACUUAAGCCAACUCCCAUCGUCCAAUGGAGGUGGACCAGAUUCCCCUGGCCGACGUGGUCUUCGUCAUCGAGGGCAGCGCCAUCAACGGAGCCUAUAUCAACGAACUAAAGACCAACUACAUCCUGCCGACUUUGGAGCACUUCACCACGGGCUCCAUCGACGAGCGGGAGUACCUGAUUGCGGAGCGCUUUGCUACGCUGUAUGGUAUCGUGGUCUACCGUACGGCGGCCAAUCUGCUGGAGCCAGUUUGUUCCACCUAUGGACCCUUCCUGCAGCCCCAGAAAGUGAUGGAGACGAUCGAAAGAUUGCCAUUGGUGGGAGGUGGAAUGGAGUCUUGUGCCCACAUGGCCGAAGGAUUUGCUGCGGCCCACGGCUGUUUUGACGACAUCAGCGAACGACGCCAACUGCUCGAUCAGACCAGCGUCCAGAGGCACUGCAUUCUCAUCUGCAACAGUCCGCCGUACCAGAUGCCCACAACGGAAUCGUGGAAGUAUCCGGGCAAAUCAUGUGAGCAGCUGGCGGCACUCUUCAACGAGCGCAAAAUCAAUCUGUCCAUUAUUGCGCCACGCAAGAUGCCGGUGUUGUUCAAGCUUUUUAUGAAGGCUGACGGAGAUCAGCCCAUUACGAGCAAAAACUACGCCAAGAACAUAAGACACCUGGUGCUCCUAAAGGGAUACAGUCUUAAGGAGCGAGCACCUAGUCCCAACAGCAUGGCGGCCCAAAUGGCUGCUCCCAAUGCGGCACAGGCUACAGUGCAGCAGCAACAACAACAACAACAAAAUCAAACUGGUCAGCAACAAGGCCAGGGCAUGCCCAUGGACACCACUCCAGCCCAGCAGCAGCAGCAGCAACAACAACAGCAGCAGCAACAACAAGGCAAUCCUCAGCAGCAGGUCAUGAACAUGAACACGAUGCAGCAACAGCAGCCCGGUCCAAAUCCCCCAGCGGGCUUACUCAAUCCACAGCAGCAACAGCAACUAUUGCAGCAGCAGCAGCAGAAUCAAUUCGUUUCCAAUCAAAUGCAGAAUCCGAACUUCCAACAAAACGUGGGACCCGGCCAAAACCGAUGGAUGUAUCCCAACCAGCCGGGUCAGGCGCGUCCGCCCUUCAUGCAGGGAGCAGGCAAUGUGGGCGGUGUGGGCCAAGGCGGUGGCAUGCAACAGAAUACAAAUUCUGCUCUGAUAUCGCGCAUUAAUGCGCCGCCGCCGAACCAAACUGUGACCUCGCUGCAGCAGCAGCAACAGCAGCAGGCGCAGCAGCAGCAGCAACAACAGGCCCAACAGCAGCAGCAACAAAGGAUGCAGAUGCUGAGCCAACAGCAGAUGCUGAACCACCAGCAGUUGCAGCAGCAACAGCAACUGGCCCAGCAACAGCAGCAGCAGCAGCAAGGACAGCAACAGCAGCAGGGAAAUCCCAAUGCAGGAAACAAUAUGAUGCCGGCGAGCAAUACUGGCAACAUGUCUAAUCCGCAGCAGCAGCAACAACAAGUGGGACAGCAGUCUAAUCCCCAGCAGCAAGUCAAUCCGCAGCAGCAACAGCAGGGAAAUUCACAGCAGGAGCAGGCCUCUUUGAGGGAAAAGAUCUGGACCGGAAUUCUGGAGUGGUCAGAGAAGCCGAAAUCCGAUCAGCAGAAGAUUCCCCAUACACUCCAGUGCACCGUGUGCACCAACAUCAAAGAUGGCGAGCCCGAGAUCAAGGCUGAGAACUGGCCGCCCAAGCUGUUGAUGCAGCUAAUGCCCAAGCACCUAGUCGGCAAUAUCGGUGGGCAGUUUCUCAAGGAUUCAAAAAUGGUUGUUUUUCGACCCACUCCAGGAGAGGCACUUGAUUCGUUGGCCAAGAUGAUGACCUCCGGCUACGCUGGCUGCGUUCACUUCUCCUCCAUCCCCAACUCGCCAGCCUGUGACCUUAAGGUUCUCAUUCUACUCUACACGCCCGAUCGCAACGCUUUUCUGGGCUUCAUUCCCAACAAUCAGGCAAUGUUUGUGGAGCGUCUGCGCAAAGUCAUACAGCAAAAGCAGCACGGCAACAUGCAACAGCAGCAGCAACAGCAGCAAAUGAUGCAGCAGCAGGGCAAGUCGCCCAUGGAGCUGCAGCAGCAACAGCAACAACAGCAGCAACAGAUGCAACAAGAUAACUCGCAGCAGCAACACUACAACCAGUUCCAACUCAAUAUGCAGAUGGGUGGUGGAGGUCCUGGCGGCGGACCCGGUCCCGGGCCCGGCGGCAUGCCCAUGCAACAGAAUCAAAUGCAGAUGAACAUGAUGCAGCAACAGCGAAUGCCGCUGGGCGUAGGUGUUGGCGUGGGCGUUGGUCCCGGUGGCGUGCCCAAUCCAAACCUCCAGCAGCAGCUGCAACAAGUGGCGCCAAACGUCGCCGCCAUGCAGCAGCAGCAGGCGCAACAGCAACAGCAGCGCAUGGUGCGUCCCAUGAUGAGCAACAACAACCCGGGGCUGCGCCAGCUCUUGCAGCAUCAGACCACGCCAGGCAAUCAGUUCCGGCCGCAAAUGGGCGGCCAGAAUCCCAAUCAAAUGGGAGCAGGCGGUCCAAUGGUCGGCAACCGCAACUUUGACGACGGGAACUAUGAGUUCAUGUAGGCUACUUAAGAGUAUCGUAUCGAAAACCAGGAUUAAGACAGUAAAAUAUUUUAUAAAAUCCA